AUGUUCUGCGCUGCUCGCCGGCCUCAACAUCUGCGACUUCGACGUCAACCGCAACUUCAGCUCCCAACAACCGCCGGCGUCGUCCCUGUCUUUGUCGAAUAUCCCGUCUCUCUCUCCCUCUCUUCUCUCUCUCUCUCUCUUUUUCUGCGUGCUCUCCCGGUGCUGUCUUCUUACGUUAGGAGUAUCAGCGGUUCGGUAUCUAAGACAUGGAAUUCUAUCAAUCCGGCUACCCUCAGCGGUGCCAUCGACGUGAUAGUCAUUGAGCAAGAAGACGGUCAGUCCCUUCCAGGCCCGGGUGAUACGCUGAUGCACGCAGUUGCUGACCGUCCCGAUUUCAGGAACACUCGCAUGCUCGCCGUUCCAUGUCCGUUUCGGCAAAUUCUCCCUCCUUCGGCCGUACGAGAAGAAGUCAUUCUUCAGGUCGAGUUCAGUGUCAAUGGGGUCAAGCAAGACUAUGCCAUGAAGCUCGGGGAAGGCGGGGAAGCCUUUUUCGUAUUUGAAACCACUGGUGACGUCCCAGAAGACCUGCAGACUUCACCUGUUAUAUCUCCUGCUGCUAGUCCGCAGCAGUCGCCAAAUGAGCCAAGUAACAACAGUACCCUAAACCUACAAGAACCCGAAUACCUUGACCUUACCUCAAAGUCGUCUACCCCUCCAAAACAGACCCGCGCGACAACUGAACCCCUCUUGGAUAGCGAAACUGAACGAUCCUCCCCUGUCUCGAAGAAUGUACGUGAACCAGGACAUAAGCUAGACAGAUCUCGGUCAGAUGACCUGCUGGAAGCUGGCCGUGCAAAUGGCCAGAGUGCAAACAGUUCACCACAGACGACGAGAUCCCAGAGCCCACCCCCAAUAUCCCGUCAAGAGGCAUACUCCAGAGCUAUUUCACUAUCCAAAAAGCUAUCCGGGUCGAAUAUUCCUUCCAAGGUGACUGAGAGUGGUGAUCUGAUGCUUGAUAUGACUGGAUACAAGAGUAGCGAGGACGAGGCCCUGAGAGCAGAGGUGGUUGCUCGUAAGAUCCUAGCCGAAGAGCUGGAGGGGAACUAUGAUAUCGGUGCCUUGAUUGGGGCCGACGAGCAUGGGAAUCUAUGGAUCUACAGCAGCGAAGAGGCCAAGGAGGCGGCUGGUCGGAAGGCUUCCUAUAGCGCCCUACAGCACCACAACGGUAUGGCAGAUGAUGCCGUAUCGGACCCAGGAUACCAAAGCGAUAAUGAUCAGCUAGACUACAACAACCAUCCGCAGAAACAUCACCGCUCUCAGUCAGACGCACAGUUGGAAUAUCCUACCCCGCCGCAAACCCCGACAGAUAAGCAGCCGGAAGGCGGUCGUAGUUAUGCGAAGACCUUGCGUUUAACGAGCGAUCAGCUUAAGGCACUCAACCUCAAGCCCGGUGCAAACCCGAUAUCCUUUAGUGUCAACAAGGCCGUUUGCCCCGCAACCAUGUAUUUAUGGAGCUACAAAGUUCCUAUCGUCAUCUCUGAUAUUGACGGGACCAUAACCAAGUCUGAUGCUCUUGGGCAUGUGCUGAAUAUGAUCGGCCGAGACUGGACUCAUCUUGGCGUUGCAAAGCUCUACACUGACAUUGCAAGCAAUGGUUACAACAUCAUGUACCUAACAAGUAGGUCUACCGGCCAAGCGGACACCACCCGAGCAUAUCUCAAAGGGAUUUUGCAGGAUGGAUAUAAAAUCCCCCAAGGUCCAGUGAUCAUGAGCCCUGACCGAACAAUCGCCGCACUACGGCGUGAGAUAUACCUCCGCAAACCGGAAGUAUUCAAAAUGGCCUGCCUGCGCGAUAUCCUUAGUCUUUUUGAAGGACGCCAGAACCCAUUCUAUGCCGGCUUCGGUAACCGUCUUACCGACGCACUCAGUUAUCGAUCCGUCAAUAUCCCCUCAACCAGGAUAUUCACCAUCAACUCCAACGCAGAAGUCUCACUUGAUCUUCUCAGUUUAACCAAAUAUAAGAGUAGCUAUGUGACAAUGAGGGAGCUGGUUGACCACUUCUUUCCCCCCGUCAGCACACUUGUGCAGGAAGGUGGCGAAGAGUUUACUGAUUUUACAUAUUGGAGGGACCAGCCGAGGGAGCUGGAUGAGUUUUCACUUACAGACACCGACGCCGGCUCAGACCGGGCUGACGAUGACGAUGAAUAUGAUCUUGAUCACCGCAGCGGUAUCCAUGAGACCUAUAUAUCUCGUGACUCUAUAGAGAUUUCUGGCGAUAUGAAUGAUUCUAUACAUGAUUCCGUGUACGAGGACAUGGACGACAUUUCUGAAGAAGAUGAAUACGAAGAAGAAGACGACCGGAGGAUGUCUGAUGAGGUUCCUGCAUGGUCGAACGAGGAAGAUACUGACGAUCCCGGGGUACCCAAGUCUCCCGCACGCACUCCCAGAAGUCUUCCCGUUCGCUAG